CUCAGAGUCUAAAUACUUCAAGCAAACAAUGCGCCAAGGUGGUCUUACUAAACCAAAAGAGCCUUGUAUUCCUAGCAUGCCUCAAUUGCAUGACUUCCAGUUUUUCAACACACACAGGCUGAGUGAGCUGUAUGAAAAGGAAGUUCGCUACCUCAUGCAAACACAUCAGAAGAAUCAGGUGAAAGAUUCCAUAGAUGUUGAUGAACCAGAAGGUAUGGAAGUACUCUUAACAAAUUGUAGUCUUUUCCCUUAUUUGUAUGUAAUUAAUUGGGUAAAUUACUCUCCUCUAAAAGAUGCUUUGAUUACACUACUCCCUCCCCCAUGUUACACUUUAGUGUAUAUUAGGUUGAAUGAGCCUCCUUGGAAUGUUCUCUCUCUUUAA